GAGAGUGGAGCUUCAAGCCGGAAGUGACGAAGCCGGAUAGAGACGUUGACUGAGGCCGGACCAACAUGGCCGCGCUCGGGCGGGGAGCAGCCUUCUUCCGUUUGCUCCGGAGCAAUGCUCAGGUGCUGCGGAGGCACGGCAAAACAGCGGUUGGCACCUUGGCAAGCUGGAGGAGCGCGGCGAUGGCGGCGGCAGGUGGUGGGCUGUGCGCCGUCCCCUUCACUCAAAUUCCCAACCUCUCCCACGAGUCUCUGAUCAGACGAGCGGCCUCGCUGGUGACGGACAGUUCCAGCACGUUCCUCUCGCAGAGCACUUUGGCCCUCAUAGAUGCCAUCGCUGAGUAUUCAAAGGCGGUGCACACGCUGGUAGCGCUCCAAAAACGCUACUUGGCCUCACUGGGGAGUCUGAGCCAAACGGAGGAAGAAGACAUCUGGCAGGUGAUGAUUGGCCAGCGAGCCAAGGUCAGCGACAGACAAGAGGAGUGCAAGCGUUUCGAGGCGGUGUGGAGCGGCGCCCUCCGCUUGUGUGAAACGGCAGCUGAGGCGGCGUACACUUCAGGGGCCGAGCACGCGUCCAUCACCGUGCGGACCAACGUGGAGCUGGCUCGCUCCCAGGCCGAGGAGGCGCGCAAAUUCUCCCGGGAUGCCGACAAGAAGCUGGUGGAAGCCAAAGCCCUUGAAAUCCAGGCCGACGCUCGGCGCUCAGCCGUCUCGGAGAACGGCGAGGACGACGUGCCCGAAGCGUACCUCCGGGAGGACUGAGAUGAGUUUGGCUUCGCCAAAUGGGAACGAAAGAGCUUCCGCUCGGGUCCGCCGACCCUUGCCUCUGCAACAGUCUCUGCACUGUUUGUUGUACUAUUAUUGCAGGUUUGUCACUUUGCUGUGCGACGUGAUGUGUUCCCUUCUUUUUGGAGAACUUUUAAUAAAAGCAUCACCAAAUGUGA